AUGAACUCAACGUUCACAGCAAAUGUACCAUUUCAUUACGAUGAAGUUACGCACAAGUGGUGCAACAUCAAGUCAUAUUUCAGUUCAGAGAAGCAGAGGAUGGACAAGGCAAAGAGAAGCGGUGCCGGCGGAGACGAAAACGUACAGACCAGCUGGAAGUUCUAUGAAGCUUUGAAAUUCCUACAACAUGUGAAUGAGCAUACACCAUCAGUGAAUAAUUUUAAUAAGUGGAGUUUGCAGAACCUGGACCCUGAUCCCAAUCCAUCGCGUAAGCUUGGGGAGCAACUGCAGCCUGCAGAAUGUUUCGAUCCAGGCUUUGACUCAGAGUCAUCCUUUUCACUCAUCGAAGACAACACAGAGUUCAUUACAAUUACCCCUCUUGCAAUUACAAGUAACAGCAGUAUCCAGUCGCUCCAAGAUACUAAAAACAUCUCUACAGAAGACACUAAUAGUGAUGCAACACCAAUUAAAAUCAUAUCGGAUGAGAUUGUAACUCCACCUCUGGUUACUUCGCAAAACUGUGGUCGGUUUGAUGACAAUAACAACAAUAGCACUAGAAAGUUGGUUCAUGCAACAAGAAAACGAAGAACAAAAAUUAAUAAUGAUUUGGAUGAAAACGCCUCUGCUUUAAUCGAAGCAUCACAAAAUUUAACAAAUGCCUUUCAUGUUGCAUCAAAAACAAAUAACACUCACGAAAAGGCAAACAGUUUUGGUAUAUACAUGGGUGAAGAAAUUGUAAAACUGGACCCCGACUUGCAACUCAAAGCGAAGAAACAAAUGCGUGACAUUUUGAUGGAUCUGCAAAGUGAGCAAUUGAAACGGAAUGGGCUUAUGUAA